AUGCCGAACCGCCUUCUCCUCCGCCGCAUCCUCCUCCGUCCUCCACUCUCCUCCUCCUCCGCCGAAUCAGCCGUCGAUAGAAUCUUCCACACUUUCCGAUCUUACUCCACCACCCAAACAGUUCACGAAGACAAACAAAAGCGCGGCAACAAGUGGUUCACUCUACCGCCGUUCACUGACACCGUAAACGGCGCCGCUUUGGGCAGAGAGCUCUCUCGCAGCGUCGGCAGAGACGUGUACGCUAAACCCUCCGCCGCCGCAGCCACGACGGCGCUUAAAUGGGUCACCAGGUGCUGCCCGGAGAUUCCCAGAAACCUUGUGCAGAAGCUCUUUCGGUUAAGACAGGUUCGAAGAGAAGCAUCUGACAUGGAUCAGAGUGUUCAACCACUUAAAAGGGUGGGGACUAAAGACUCAAUGAACUUAGGAGAUCGAAUUUGUCUUCCUAUUUCUGUGAAAGAGUUCCCUGAUCAUAAGCAAAAAGAGGGGCAUUGUAGUGAGGAAGAAGCCGAGUUUAUUCGUAGCCUUGUGUUGUACAAGGAUCCGGCUAUUAUUGUCAUCAAUAAACCCCCUGGAUUGCCUGUUCAGGGUGGUAUCGGAAUCAAAAGGAGUUUAGAUGAACUGGCUGCCACUUGUUUAAGUUAUGACUUAUCACAACCUCCUCGUCUGGUACACAGACUUGACAGAGAUUGUAGCGGUAUCCUUGUGAUGGGACGGACACAAACAAGUGCAACAGUUUUGCAUUCAGUCUUCCGUGAGAAAACUUUUGGAGCUUCAGAUGAUGUUAUCAAACAUGCUAAAAGCAUUCUGCAAAGAAGAUAUUUGGCACUCGUCAUUGGAUCUCCCAGACAACAAGAGGGAUUAAUCUCAGUGCCUUUAGGAAAGGUGGUGGUUGACAAUGGUAAAUCAGAUAGGAUCACCAUUUUGAAUAAAGCACAAUGUUUGCCGUCUCAACAUGCAAUCACAAAGUACAAAGUGAUUGGAUCAUCAUGUCCUGGUUUCACAUGGUUAGAGCUGAUUCCACUUACCGGUCGAAAGCACCAGCUGCGGGUGCACUGUGCGGAAGUUUUGGGAACACCAAUAGUCGGAGACUACAAAUAUGGAUGGCGAACACAUAAGGACUGGAAACCUGUUGCUUGGUCUAAGACUGAAUGUCAUUCCAAUGAGGAGCGUUCAAAAAGAAAAAAUCUUCCUUUUGAUCUCAAUAUGGACAGUGGAAGUAUCGACGAAAAGAAUCUGCGCUUACAUCUUCAUUCUAAGCAAAUGGUUUUGCCGAAUGUGUCUCUGGCUUUGCAAAAUGUGAAACUGCAUGCGGAGUGUGAUCUUUCAGGGCUAGAAAGCAUAGAGUUGGUUGCUCCUAUGCCUUCAUACAUGCAAAAAAGUUGGGAUAUUACAAAUUCUUGUUUUGACAGGGGUGAUAUCACACAUUCUUAA